AUGGCUGCAGCUGUUCCAUCUUCAUCAGAUUUAACUGAAGCAAAACCUCCAACUAUUUCAUUUAUAAAUUCACAUAAAGGAAAGCCUUUGCUAAUAGCAGACGAAUAUGUUUUCAAAUUGAGUAAAAUAACAACUACUACCAAAUAUUGGAUAUGUACACUUAAUGGUUGUUCGGCUAAAAUACAUACAGAUACAAAUAGUAAAUUGAUUAAAACGAUUGGUGAUCAUAAUCACCUUCCAGAGAAAGAAAAACUUGAAGUUCGUGAAUUUCGAGAAAAAGUCAAACAACGCGCAAUUAACGAAACAACACCUAUUCCACGUAUCUAUGAUGAAGAGUGUGCAAAAGCGAUGUUGUCAAAUGCAGCAAUAGCUGUAUUACCAAGUGAACGUGAAAUGAGUAUGAAAAUAUUAUUCUUUUAUGUUUAA